UUUAGGUAUAUUUCUGAGAGUCGGGUACAUUUCGAUAAAUCCGCGGUCACACUGUAAACAACUUCGUGCUAAAACGUAAACAACCUCGUUUUUAGUAAAUUAAUUAUAAACUUGUUGAAAAUGUCCAUGCAAAAUGGCAAGAUAAUCGACCAGAAGGCAUACCUGAAGAAGUAUCUGUCCGGUGACAAGGAGAAGAAGAAGAAAAAGAAGGAGAAAAAGCACAAAAAGACUGCAAAAGUGAAAAUAAUCGACGACGAUGCCUACGAAGACGACGGCAUGGAAAUGGACGAAGAUCUGUUGCUGGGCGGCGAGGAUGCACCACAAAUAGUGGGCGAGUAUAUCGAGGAUAAUCCAGAUGCAGUGCGCAGCAAGUGGCGCAACAUUGCCGUCAAGGACGAGGUCAAAGAGGAAGACAACAAAGAGGAGGCCUCUGCUGUCCGAAUCAAGCAGGAGCCGGCUGAUCAGCAGGAUGAGGAGGAAAGGUGGGGUCGCAAAGCCACUGCAGUGAAAACAACGAAAGAGCGCUCUGCCCAAAGCCCCCUGGCCAUCAAAAUCAAGCAGGAAAAACGCAGCACCUCAAGGGAUCUGAGUCCCAAGCGGGAUUUUUCUGCAGCGAGAAGAAAACGUAGUCCUGAUCAGAGUCCGCCGAGGAGAAAAAGAGUUGCAGAUCAGAGUCCACCAAGUAGGAGGAGAGGCAGCCCAGAUCAGAGUCCACCCAGACGCAAACGAGAUGAAGAUCAAUCUCCACCACGACGGAAACGCGUCAAUUCGGAUCAAAGCCCACCCCGAAGAGGACGUAAAAGCAGUCCCGACCAGAGCCCUCCACGGAGGCGACGCGACUCUGACCAGAGUCCGCCAAGGCGACGUAGGAGCCACAACUCCAACCAGAGCCCACCUAGGAAAGGCCGUAGAAGCAGUGUCGACCAGAGCCCGCCGAGGAAAGGGCGCAGAAGCAGUCCCGACCAGAGCCCACCCAGAAGACGCAGAGAUGUCGAUCAAUCCCCAGAUCGAAGGAGAAAAGAUUCGGAUCAGAGUCCGCCCAGAAAACGCGACCUAUCUCCACCUCGUAGGCGACGCAACUCCGAUCAGAGUCCACCCAGAAGGCGUCGCUCUGCCAGCAGGGAACGCAGGCCCCGCAUCAAAGAGGAAUCACCGCCAGGUCGACGUAAGAGCCGCUGGGCCAAGGCCUCGCCCUCCCCAUCGCCUCCACCCACGCACGAACCAAAGGCCUCCAAGACACUGGACGGUAAGAGUGCUGGCCUGCAGGAUGCGCAGUCCUUGAAGAAGGAGUCCGACGAGAGGCGUCGCCGCGAGCACAAUUUGUUUGAGCAGAUGUCCAGCGAAGUGUCGGGCCGCUAUGCCGAGAUUCAGAUGCGCAGCACGGGCAGACGCGGACGCAGGGCACGCGAGGCGGCCGAGGAAGAUCCCGCUGAGCGGCGUCGCAAGGAAGAGCACGAGAAGAAGAAGAAGGAGCUGUACGACCGGUGGGGCAAGGGCCUAAAGCAAAUCGAGGACCUGAAGGUGCGCCACGAGGAAAUGGCCCAUGAGGCAUCAAAGCCUGUGGCCCGCUAUGCCAACGACGAGGAUCUGGAUCGGCAUCUGCGAGAGCAGGAGCACGCAGACGAUCCUAUGCUGGAGUACAUGCGGCAGAAGCGCAAGAAACAGGACAAGCUGGACAACAAGCCCGUGAUGCCCAAGUAUGAGGGCAGCUUUCCGGAGAAUCGCUAUGGCAUUCGUCCCGGCUACCGCUGGGAUGGCGUAGACCGUUCCAAUGGCUACGAGCAGCGCUGGUUCGACAAACAGAACGAGCGCAAGGCGAUGCAGGACGAGGCAUACAAAUACAGUGUGGAGGAUAUGUAAAUUUCAAAAGAAUUUGUAUAUUUUUGUCUUGCAAUAAAUUACCGCCGAUAGUCGAUUACAUUUUUGAA